AUGGUUUUACUCCCUCAAGGUUGCAUGACACGUCGAGAUUAUACUCCGCCCUACCCGGGCUCGAGUCCCAUUGUUCUGGUCUCCGAGUUGCGAUCUCGAAACACCGAGCUUGAGGCUCAGAAUGCUCUACUGCUAAAGGAGACGGCCGACCUCAAACGAUACGUACGACGCGUGGCCGAACAUGCCGGACUCACGGACUCUGUGCUGCAAUUGCUCACUUUUCCCGUCGGACCACAGGCCACCGGGUUGAGCUCUGCGACUGGUGUCAUUCCUUCUGCUGUCGCAGUGGGUGGAGUAUCCGGACUCGGCACCGCUGGCAAUGGGGCUACUGUUGGCGGUGGUGCCGGGCCCUGCACCGUCUUCCACAACCUCUCGGGACACUCCAGUUGCCGGUUGAACCAAGAGGCACUUUCGUCUGCCGGUCUUCUUCCCAAUGUCAGCUCCGGUCAGUCGGCGGCCAUUUGUGUUCCUCUGGGUCUCGGGGAUCUCGGGGAAUUCACCACCGACACCCUCGAUGCGGCGGCAGCUACGUCGACGGCGACGGCGACGGCGACGGGUCUGUUUGGUCAGGGCCUUCGGUUGAAGACGUCCGGGCCGGAUGUACGCGUUGAGAAUGAGAAAUUGCGUCAGCGCUACGAACAGUUGACGCGAGAGAGGCGCGAAUGGAACCGCGAGUACCAACACCAACGGAGUCAAUUGGAUCGAGCUCAAGAAGAGGUGAUUGCCCAGCGUCAGGCUUUGGAGAAAUUCCGCUCAGAAUUGGAACGAGAACAGCAGAAGUUGAAACAGGACAAGGAUACGCUCCAGCUGCAAUUGGACAUAUACAAGACUCGAGGAAUCGAACUGGAGGCCUCAAAUAACAUUGGUAUGUCCACGUACCAUUGGACCUAUUUUCCUUUGUCCGUAUGUUGCUUCUGUAUUAACCAUCAUCGAAAAGUUUAG